AUGGUAUACAGUACUGAGAUAUACACACUGGCAUACAGUACUGAGAUAUACACACUGGCAUACAGUACUGAGAUAUACACGUACACUGAGAUCACAUUACAGUACUGAGAUAUACACAUGGAUACAGUAUGAGAUAUACACACUGGCCCUACAGUUUACUGAGAUACACAUGGCAUACAGUACUGAGAUAUACACACUGGCCAUUACAGUACUGAGAUAUACACACUGGCAUACAGUACUGAGAUAUACACACUGGCAUACAGUACUGAGAUAUACACACUGGCAUACAGUACUGAGAUAUACACAGUCAGUACUGAGAUAUACACACUGGCAUACAGUACUGAGAUAUACACACUGGCAUACAGUACUGAGAUAUACACACUGGAUACA